AUGUUUCCCCCCGCCUCCCUCACCGUCCCCAUGCCCGAUGUCGAGAAUGCGGGCUCCCCCCGCCGACUGACGGGCGAUCUCUCGAGGAACAACAGCGCGAGCAAGGGUGGCUGUUGGACCUGCCGCCUGCGCCGAAAAAAAUGCGACGAGAACCGGGAAGGCGACUCGUGCCAUACCUGCAUCCGGCUCACGAUCGACUGUCUGGGGUGGGGGCCAAAGAGGCCAGAAUGGAUGCGGGACAAGGCCGCUGUCGAGCGGUACAAAGCAGACAUCAAAGCGCAGCUGACGCGGGCAGGGCUCAUCCGGGGCCAGCCCCGCUCGUCGCUUCUCACGCCCGGCAUGAUGGGCGCCCGAAGGACAUACCCGCCCCAUCGACGCUCUGCAGACGCGUCGAUAAUGGGCUACGACUCUGGCGGGGAGUUCUACCAGUUUGGCCAGGGCCCACGGGGGAUGUUCCCCGGCGCCAACAACAACUCUGCGUUCUAUGGGAUGCCGGGGAUGGCGUUCAGCGACCACAGCCUGACUCCCCCUGAUUUUAACAACCCCGCGCUGUUUGGGGCUGCCUUUGACUCCUCGUCGACCUCGUCCACGCCUGGCUCAGGCCAAAUCCCGCCCCUCGACUUUGAUUUUACGCAACUGGGGCCAGGGAUGGACUUUGCUGGGGUAGGGCUCGACCCGUCUGCUGACAACACCCUCCCGUUAUUUGCGGGGCACUCGUCCCUGCAGGAAAACCACUGCAUCUACUACUUCGAGCACGUCCGGAAGGUGCAGUUUAUAUUUGCCGGCAACUCGGUGACCAAUAUUACAUGCUCGAUGAUCGUUAACGAGCCGAGGGGGGCGGUGACGAACGCAGUUUGUGCGUUGGCGAGUCUGCAUUAUACGCGGAUGCGGGUGUCGCAUGGGCUGGAGGCGCCCGACCCAAACCCGGAGCAUUCGACGGCCAAGUACUUCCACGACGAGGCCUAUUUCCAGCUCCACAACGCCAAGCAGGUCAGGGGCACCUAUGGCGAGGCGGACGUGGUUGCUGCGCUGCAUCUCGUGUGGUUUAGUCAGCUGUCGGGGGGCGCGACGGAUUGGCAGCCGGUGUUCUCGGUCGCGUGCGACUGGCUAUCGCAGCAAACGGACUUGUUGACGAGCGACAACCCGAAGCUCGCGAUCCAGAGGCUGCCGCCGUCCAGCCAGCUCAUCGUCAAGAUCACGCUGUGGCUAGAUAUUUUCUCGAGCCUUACCGUGAUGCGGCCGCCGAAAUACCUCGCGCUGUACAAGCGGCUGUUCGGGGACCUGGCGGGGUGGCAGAGCCACAGUGACGAGAUCCGGAUGACGACGCUGACGGGGUGCCCCGAGGAGGUGCUGCUGGGGAUCGCGGAGGUGUCGGCGCUCGCGCACUGGAAGGCGGAGCAGCGGCGGAAGGGCACGCUGAGUAAUCGGGACCUGAUCCGGCGCGGGGACGAGAUCGAGCGGCGGCUGCGGACGGCGCUGGGCGCGAUGGAGGCAAGGGGCGGCGACAUGCUGGACAAGACGCCGCUCCACCCAACAUUGGUCCAGAGCGACUCGGAGCAGGUCAAUGCUGCACCGUACCCGACGAGCGAGACCCGGGCGCUGGUGGCAAGGAUAUUCGAGGAGGCGGUCGUGCUGUACCUGCACACGGUGUUGAACGACUCGAAUCCUGGUGUCCCGGAAAUCUCUACUUCUGUCGGGAGCAUCGUGCAGCACCUGCACCAGCUGCCGCCGUCGGAGGUGGACCGGGCGCUGGUGUUCCCGAUCUGUCUUGCGGGGUGCAUGACGGACGACUCGAACUGGCGCGAGUUUUUGAAGGCGCGGCUGCAGGCGCGGGACGAGAGUCUGGGGAACCUGAUGCGGACGCGGCUGUUGAUGGAGGCGGUGUGGCAGAAGCGCGAUGUGAGCGCGAUGACGGUGGACUGGCGGGAGACGAUGCGCGAGCGGGGGCUGAAUUUGCUGUUGGUGUGA